AUGGAUCUCCAGGGGACUAAAGAGGCUCGUACGCAGGAGGAGGGCGCCGACGGCCCGCUAGAUGCCUAUGGCGCUAGCAGUGGCCGCUCAAAAGAGUUUCGUAAGAACGAGAGACGCGAUUCUCACGGCCAUGAAAGCUCGUCCACCGUGAACACACUUCGUCGUCAUCAGCCACCCUUUGCAUAUCCGCCCGGCACCCGCCAGCCCAGUGCAGCCUCGCGAUCGGGAUCGGGAUCGACAUCUAGCGCUGCACCUCGGCCCCGAGACCCAUCGCCUUCCCCAGAGGCCAUCAGUAUCCCACAAGCACUAGGAUUCGGUUCGCGCGACCAGCGGCUCCUUUGUAAAGCCCGCCGACAGCCUCCUGUUACGAAGCGGACACUCAGCGAACUUGAUCUGCCCUGCAUCAUGAGCAAUAUUAAUCUCCGGAUGGACGCCAAUUUCGAUCGUGACCUACACUUCAAGCCCGAUCUGGAUGGUGAAAAGGGAAAGCGCAAACGGAAAGAGGCUGCUGACUACUGGGAUUCGAUGGCCAUGGAGAUUGCAAUCUACGCAUACCGCGCCGCAAACCCUGAUGAUGACGUCGAUGAAAAGAGCUCGCGGGAUGUCACGUCGAAGCGCACUUUCGAGCCUCGACUACCGGCCAUGUUUGAAACCUUGCAAGAAGUCAUCAAAACACUUGUUCCGGAGCGUGACCAUCCUAGCAUCAUGCAGAACCUCGAAGUACCCCUGCUCAUGCAGCAGGUCCGUAAGGGUGUCCUCGAUAUGGUGGCGCUGGCGACGUGGAUGGCGGCUUUAUUGAAGACGCAUUGCGCACCGAUGCGCGAUGAAUGGGCUGACCGGAUGGUGGAGCAGAUCACCGAGGGCUCGCAGUCCCAGGAGCCAAAGGAGAUUGUGAAUGGACUGCAGACUCUAUUUGCUAUUCUAGAGGCAAUGAAGCUGGACGUCGCGAAUCAUCAAAUACGUACGUUCCGCGUUCUUCUCAUCGAGGACACGGUCCCAUUCUUGCAAGAGUACUUCGAAGGUAAACUCGGCCGCGGCAGUCUCGACGUCGAGCCCGCCAGAAUCUGGUAUCUUGCAGCAAGGGAACGGGCUCGAAAAGAAGAUGAAGCAAAGGGCCCAGACGCAGCCCAGUCGGACGAUACUUUCAAGCCUCUCGAAGCUCUAUUCCGGGGAAUAUCAGACCACCUUCUCCAGUUCAACCCACCGGACAAAUACCCAGAGACUUUCCUCUUUGACACGGACCGACUAUGGCAACUGCGCUCGACGAUUCAAAAUCUGAUCAACCUUGAAAUUGCAUGGUAUAUCUUCGAGUCAUAUGUCCACACCCAAAAGCGGUAUCUCUCCGCUCGCGACGAGACAUACUCCACCUUUCGCUCGCGGAUCUGGUCUCUCAUGGAGGACGAACUGAGCUCUGAUGGCCGGAGUGCCGGCGAAGACGAAGACCCUGAUGUGCGGGGUAGCAAGCGCUGGCUGCAGAAUAUGCGCUGCAUUGCGCUGGAGAUUGCUCGAUUCGCCUGCGCUGCGUGCUGCCUAGACGUCGUCGUCGCUGAUGAGGUUAUCGUACCGAUUGAGGAGGCCCUCUUGUGGCAUCUUUCGAACGAAUCUGAGCUCUUCCGCUACUUUCAGAAUACCAUGCGCGAGAAGGUUCUCACGGCAACGAUUGCUUCUGCUCGGAGGUACCUGCCCCUCUCUCCGCUGGCUAUCUGUGAGUCCCAGCGAACAGCACCUCCGCCCUCCACUACGAAUGGCCCCGCACCCAACCCUCCAUCGUCUGCGGCUCCUACUCCUUCGACAUCCUCAUCCUCAACCCCAUCCUCCUCGCAGCCCAUGUCCGCGCAACAAUAUGACAUUGAACGUAUUGGCAUGCGUCUAGGUCACAUCGGUGUCCUGCACUGGCGUGUCUGGGCAUCGCUUCUCUAUCUACGAGACGAGAUCGCCGACUCAAAGACCGAGCCGGCAGCGUUCAUAUAG